GGGGGUGACGCGGCAGCCCGGGGCUGCCUCGCCGGGUCCGAGCUCGGGGCGGCCGCAGCGGCCCUGGCGCUGAGGCGCUGAUGCCAUAGCAGGCGUGCGGGCUCCCUGGUAUCUCGAAAGUCGGGCGAGUGUGGGAGGGAAUUCUGAACGUAAAAGUGGUGCACUUUACAAGAGGGGAGGGUUUAAUGUUUACACAGGAGGAGAGAAACUUGACAUGGGGAAAAACACCAUGAGGCUUCUCUGUGCUUUCCUUUCUCUUGCCAUAGUAUGCUGGGUAGCUGAAGGUACCCUGUCAAAAACAGAUGCAAAGAAAGGUGCUACAAAAAAACUGGAGGAAAAGAAGCUGCAUUCUGAUAAAAAUGUUCAGGACCGGGGAUUAGUAGUUUUGGAUCCAAAAGCAAAGGAUAUUAUACUGGAACAUGAAAGUUAUGGCUCCAAGAAGAUGAAGGAACGACAUUUCUCAGGAGAUGUUCUGGGAUAUAUUACUCCUUGGAACAACCAUGGCUAUAACAUUGCUAAAAUAUUUGGAAACAAAUUUACGCUAAUCUCACCGGUUUGGUUACAAGUGAAGAGGAGAGGGAAGGAAAGGUUCCAGUUCACUGGGCUCCAUGAUGCUGAUCAAGGUUGGAUGAAAGAUGUGAGAAAAACCUCCAAAAACAUAAAAAUAGUGCCUCGAAUUUUGUUUGAUGGCUGGACUUACCAAGACUUUGAGAGUGUUUUUGGCAGUGAAGAUGAGAUAGAGGAGCUUUCCAAGAACAUGGUUCUGCUAGCCAAGAAUGAAAAUUUUGAUGGUUUUGUAGUUGAAGUGUGGAGUCAACUGGAAAAUCAAAAGCAAACGGAGUUGAUUCACUUGCUCACUCACCUUUCUGAAGCUUUGCAUGAAGCACAACUUAAACUCAUACUGGUCAUCCCUCCUGCAGUUGCAGCAGGGACCAACCAGCCAGGAAUGUUCGCAAAGAAAGAAUUUGAUCAAUUGGCCUCAGCAAUAGACAGCUUCAGUCUCAUGACGUACGACUAUUCGGCACCACAUCGACCUGGCCCAAAUUCCCCCCUUCCCUGGGUACGAGCUUGUGUUGAAGUACUGGAUCCUGAUUCAAAAUGGAGGAAUAAAAUACUUUUAGGACUGAAUUUCUAUGGCAUGGACUAUUCUGCUUUGGGAACCUCUGGGGAGCCAAUCCUUGGCAGCAGGUACAUUGAAACCUUGAAGGAACACAAGCCAAAAAUUGUCUGGGAUGAAAAAAUUUCUGAACACUACUUCGAAUACAAAAAAAAUAAGGGAGGAAAACAUGCAGUCUUCUACCCAACACUGAAGUCCAUCCAGAUGCGCUUGGAGCUUGCAAAAGAAUUGGGCACUGGAAUAUCCAUCUGGGAACUGGGACAAGGCCUGGACUAUUUUUAUGAUCUGCUUUAAAAUGAGAGAUGAUCUUAGAAAGACUUUAUUUGCUUCACUGAGGCUCCACCUUCAAUUAAUCUGGGUAUCCUGGAGAGGUGAUUUUUAAAACAUUUUUUUGUAAUUUAUAUCAUAUCUGUAUCAAACUUGCAUUUUUUUCCCAAUAAAGAAUUAUUUUUGAUUUGCCACACA